AUGCUGAGGGCCGCGCUGUGGUGCGCCUUGCUCGGGCUUCUGCGCACUCAGCCCGCUCCCUGUCCACAGGCCUGCAAGUGUGUGUUCCGCGACGCCGCGCAGUGCUCGGGCGGCAGCGUGGCGCACAUCCCGGCGCUGGGCCUCCCCACCAACCUCACGCACAUCCUGCUCUUCCGAAUGGAGCGGGGCGCCUUGCACAAUCACAGCUUCAGCGGCAUGACGGUCCUGCAGCGCCUCAUGCUCUCUGACAGCCACGUCUCUGCCAUAGCCCCAGGCACGUUCAACGACCUGGUCAAACUGAAAACCCUCAGGUUGUCGCGCAACAAAAUCACUCAUCUUCCUGCCGCACUGCUAGACAAAAUGGUGCUCUUGGAACAGUUAUUCCUGGACCAGAACGAACUGAGACACAUUGAACAAGACAUGUUUCAGAAGCUGGCUCACCUUCAGGAACUCUAUUUGAAUCAAAAUCAACUCACUUCCAUUCCUGCUAACCUCUUCACCAAUCUGGGGAACCUGAAGCUGCUGGAUCUGUCGGGAAACAACUUGACCCAUCUGCCCAAGGGGUUAUUCGAGGCGCAGGUGAAGCUUAAGAAACUGAUGCUGCACUCGAACCAGCUCGUGUCUCUGGAUUCGGGGCUGCUGGACCACCUGGGUGCCCUGAUUAAACUGCAGCUGGACAGGAACCAUCUCCGCUCCAUUGCCCCGGGGGCCUUCGAUCACCUGCAAAACCUGAGCGCCUUGACUCUCUCCAGGAACCAUCUGGACUCCCUGCCCCCGGGACUCUUCCUUCACUCCCGCAGUUUGACCCGGCUGACCCUGUUCGAGAACCCUCUGGAGGAGCUCCCCGAGGUGCUCUUUGGCGAGAUGGACGGCCUGCGGGAGCUGUGGCUCAACGGUACCCAGCUGCGCACGCUGCCCGUCGGCGUCUUCCGCAACCUGAGCGGCCUGCAGGCGCUGGGCGUGACGCGGAGCCCGCGUCUGAGCGCGCUGCCCCGGGACGCGUUCCGCGGUCUGGUGCGCCUGCGGAUGCUGGCGCUGCACUCCAACGCCCUGGCCUCGCUCCCCGACGCCCUGCUGCGCGGCCUGGCCAGUCUGCGCCAGGUGUCGCUGCGCCACAACCGGCUGCGCGCGCUGCCCCGCGCGCUCUUCCGCAACCUCACGGCGCUGGAGCAGGUGCAGCUCCAGCACAACCAGCUGGAGACGCUGCCUGGAGACGUGUUUGAGACUCUGCCCCAGCUGACGCAGGUCCUGCUCGGUCACAAUCCCUGGCUCUGCGACUGUGGCUUGUGGCCAUUCCUCGAGUGGCUCCGGCAGCAUCCGAACCUCGUGGACCGGGACGAGCCCCCGCAGUGCCACGGCCCAGAGCAGAGAGCGGGCCUGUUGCUCUGGGCCCUCCUGGAGGGCGACCGGUGGUGCCCGAUCCCUCGAGGCCCGCCUCCUGACCCUCGAGGCCCGCCUCCUGACCCUCCAAGCCACAACUCUUUGGAAGCCCCGGAGCCUUCCUGGCUACCCAACAGCUCAGAGCCCUGGGUUUGGGCCCAGAUGGUAGCCAAGGGCCAACGUCCAGACCAUAGUCUCUUCUGGGGUCUUUAUUUUCUACUUUUAGCAGCUCAGGCCGUCAUAACAGCGAUCAUCAUGUUUGCCAUGAUUAAAAUCGGCCAGCUCUUUCCAACAUUAAUCAGACAGAGGCUCUUGUUUGAGUCAGUGGGAAAACCUUGUAAUUAA